AUGGCGACGGAGGCUACCACCGCGUUCAAAGUGAUGAACCGAGAGUUCGUGAAACUCGAUCGAUUUGACGGCUCAAACUUCAACCGCUGGAAGGACAAAAUGUUGCUCCUCCUUACUGUCUUAAAUGUGGCAUACGUUCUAGACCCGAACCUGCAACCCUUGGAGGAUCCCGCCCCCGAUGCAACCCCUGAGGAAAUCGCAAAGGUGGCUGAACUCAAGAAGAAGCGCGAGGAAGACAAAUUCACAUGUCGUGGACACAUCCUCAACACUUUGUCCGACCGACUGUACGAUCUCUACAUGUCGAUGCAGUCCCCGAUGGAGAUAUGGAAAACUCUUGAGGAGAAAUACAACACCGAGCGACAAGAUACCAAUAAAUUUUUAAUGAUGAAGUAUUUCGAAUUCAAAAUGCUCGAUAGUGUCCUUAUCAUGGAUCAAGUCCAUGAACUACAAAUCCUUGUAAGCAGGUUUCGUGACCUAAAAGUUAUUAUUUCGAAAUCGCUACAAGUCGGAACUAUCAUCUCAAAGUUACUCUCGUCUUGGAACGAUUACCGGAAGAAACUCCUGUAUAUGGCGGAGGACUUCAUUGUGGAGAAAAUACUUAGGCAUUUGCGUAUUGAAGAGGAAACUCGGAAGCGCGAUGCGGUGUAUCUUCCCCAAGGUUCUAAAGUGAACCAUGUGAGUGAGUCCAAGAACUCUCAGAAAGGCAAGCGAAAGGCUAUGUCCGAGACCAAGGACACGCAAGACAAGAAGAGAGUCUCGCAAUUGCUAUCAUUGCAAUAA